UGAAUGUUUUGUUUACAACACAUUUUCACUUUUCUAAUUAUGAUUAGUUAAUUGUUACCGUAUCUCUUUUUGAUUAAUUUUUUCUUGUGAUUCUGUUUAAAAAUGGCCGGAAGGAAAAUUUUCUUCGACAAUUUUGUCUCUAAAAACGCUCUUCGAUUACCAAGAAAAGGCUCAGAUCCGAAUCUUGCUGAUCUUUAUAACAAUGCAAAGAGAAUCAAUUUAAAAAGAAUUGAGAGAAUUCAAGCAAAUUUAGAUCCAUUUUAUCCUAAUAUCGCUUCUUUCAGAGAGAUGAUCCAAUUUUUAUCCAACAAAAGGAUUCGCAAGACAAAUGAGGAAUGUAUCUUGAAGACGAAUAUUGUUAAUUCUGGAAACGAACCUGAGUUACAAUUCUUCCUAAAGAAUGGUAAAAAAUUGGUAUAUAAAACUGGUCUUCUACAAACAAUUGAUAUUUUGUACCAUCUAAACAGUAAACUGGCUGAAGUGGAGGCAGAUUUUUCUGAAGAAUAAUUAACUUAUUAAAAUCGAUGGAUUAAUCUUGUUCUUGGAAUAUUUGAUUUGGUCCUGAUGUAAAAUCCUGUAGUAUAUUUACUUGUAAUACUGUAAUAGAAGAGAGAGAGAAAAAAGUUGGUCGAAAAGCUCCAAUUGAACAAUAUUGAAA